GGACAAUAAUGAUUAUCUACAUAUUUAUUAUACGUUUAAUUAGACAUAUAAAAUAUUUAUUAAACACUGUGGACGACUGGCAUGUCAAUUUCGUGAAUCCUUGACGCUUGCCGGGAGCCCCCCUCUGGCGGGCCCUCGUCAAUGGUCGGCCCUGGCCGCAACAUAUGUCGAGUGUUUACAUGCGCCGUCCGCGGCUCGCUUCCGCCCAUCCGCCAGUACACCUACGCGCUCGUACAGGUUCGGUUUUUCGGCUCCUGGGGGGGCGAGGACGACGAACCGCGAACGACGACGACGACGACGACGACGGCAACGGGAGUCGAGUGAGGACGCGCGAUCGUCGUGGGAGAACAACGCGCGGCGUCGUGGAAACGUGAGAGAGACUGGCAAAGAAAGCGGAGGAAAACAAACGUCAAGCCCGCAGCCCGUCGCGCGAUCGCGGUCGCCGUGAACGAUGGGUGGCUACGCGAGCAGGCUCGCGUCGAUGUCGAACCUGGCCGUGCACAAUGUGUACCGGGGCUGCAAGCGCAAGUACAUCGAGGAGUACGACUGCGAGUCCGAGUCCGAUUACAUCGAGCGGACGAUGCACACGCCGAAAAAGAGAAAAUUGCUGACAACGGCGCAGUACAUAUACAAGACCCUGUACCAAGAGGAGAAAGGCAGUGACAUAACUGUCCUCAUACUCGGACGUGCAUGGAGAUUGCAUAAAGUUUAUAUUAGUCAGAGUCCAUAUUUUGCUAGUAUGUUUUCCGGUUCUUGGAGAGAGGCUAACGAAAAAGUCAUCAGUGUCGAAAUCACGGAUCCUAAUAUUACGAUAAAUUCAUUGUCUGUGGUAUUGGGUUCGUUGUAUCAAGACGAGGUCAGUUUGGAGCCGAAAGACGUGGUUUCUAUUCUGGCAACGUCUACACUGUUUCAACUGCAAGGCUUAAUAGACGAGUGCGUAGACAUAAUGGUGGAGACUACAAACAGUGAGACUGUUGUGUCGUAUUAUAACGCAGCUGUGUCGUACGGUGUGCCUACGGUGAAAGCAGCUGCGAAACGAUGGCUGGAAGUCAAUCUGUUGGGCUACGGAUGGCGACAUCCGUCUUUUUUGAAGGAAAUUUCGCCAGACUUGAUGACAGAAUUGGUCGCCAGUCCUGAUUUGGUUGUUUUGCAAACAGAGUUUUGCAUAUACAUGAUGCUACGCUUGUGGUUAUUUGCACACCUAUGCACACUGUAUAAUUACGAGGAGACGCUAAAAAUUGAUGAAUAUUUUAAAAAUCGCAAGUGGACCGAGCCGUUUUUAACGACUGAAGAGGGCAAGGAAUAUGCAGCGCCUUUCAAAGCACUGAGGAUGAAAUAUCUGCUGUUACAUGAACAAGACGACAAGAUUUUAUACAGUGAUAAUUUAAUACCACCAGACUGGCUGCACGGUGCUUACAGAGAACAGUGGCUUCACUUGUUAAGAGUGGAUGGAAAUAAAGACAGAGGUCCGGCGCAAAUGACGGAAGAGGAAUUUUCCAAGGAGUGCUUUCGGUGCGGCAGAUGUGUCGAAAAGCCAGGCGAACACAUUUGGAGAUGGAAGGCAUUCCAUUAUGGACUAGAUUUAUUAAUGACUUUAGACACAACUAGCCUGCGGAUUGAAAGAAACCACAGACUAGACUGUGAGCAUAUCAAGGCAAAUCACAAAGAGCAUAAAAUUCUGAUAAAAGUCUGUCUAUUCUCACUGAAUGAACAACGUCAAGUAAAACAUGUCCAAGACUCGCGUAUGUUAAGAUUACGUUUGAGGAGAAACACAGAACACGAGAUAAUGACUCUGGACAAACAGUUAUGUUAUCCUCUGUACGUAUCGGUCAACAUGCAACUAGUCACUCCACUCACAUUGGGAGAAGAAGACACAACGACCGACAUACUUUCGGAUACUUAGCACUUCGAGAAUGUAAUGCUCUAUGAAUAUGUAAAGAUAAAGGCCAUGGGAUCCAAUUGACGCUUUGUAACAUAAUCUAUUUAAUUACGAAUGUUAGACGAAGUUCGUAGGCACACGUUACUAUUUGGCACAACACUUAAAUAGAAAGAGACAUGGAUCUCCAGUAGAAACUUUUUUCUCUAUGGAGAUACACAUAAUCUAUUCUUACCGUGUUCAUUUUUAACAAGGUCUUUAGUCAAUUUGGAGUUGACCUUUCAAUGAAAAUGUUUUAUAAUUUUUAAAUUAACAACAAAUAAUAGACAGUUAAAUUUAUAUCAUCUAAAUAGAUAAAAUCAUACUUUUACAAUAAUUUCAAGUAGAUUUUAGUAAAAUUUUAAUUUCAUGUAUUGCGACAUAUAAUAUUGGAAAAUUGUGGAAAAUACAAAUAUGCAAAUUCAAUAUUUUUAAUUAAAAAAAACCAUCUCUAAAUUGGCUAAAGAAUCGGCCAUUAAAAAUUAACACGGUAGGAAUGGAACUUUCGACAUAUAUUUGUAUAUCAGUGUACAUCUGUGUACAUUAAUUAAUGCAUUUGAUACGGUUGAUGCAUUUGAUGUGGUUCACAUUAAUUAUAGCGGUCAUUCCAACAAGCUUUAGUCACUAGGUAGAUUUUAAUCUUUCUUCGUAUAUUGAGAGACAUCGCGGUGUAUAUUAACGCUAUUAAAUUAUGUUUUAAUGUGGUUGUUCCUAAACACGUUUUGACUGAUUAAAAUUGCAUCAGUUAUAGCCUAAUAAGUUGGAUACGAUGCAAUCGAUCAAAAUUCCGCUUAUCUGUUUAGUAUCUUGAUUCGUUUUUUUUGUAAUUGAUUUGUAUGCAACUUUGCAAUACCAAAUAAUUCUAUCAGAAUGUUAUUAGACGAGGACUGAUUUUUUUUUCGAUGUCCAUUGACUUUGACUACAAUUACACAAUCUCCCUAUCUUUUUCCGUAGUCGAGUAGCAAGAAACGGAGAACCCAUAAUUAAAGUUAAUCGAUAUCGAAGGAAAAAAAACUUGGAGCGUUUAUCGAGAUCGAAGGUACAAGCAAAUGAAGUUACCUGUUUUGCACACGCUUUUAGUUCGCAAUAGUUUACACUUCGAUAAUGAUCGCAAUAGUUUACACUUCGAUAAUGAUCGUUAUCAUUUUAUUUGCAAGACUGUUCGCAUCUCGUAUAUCAUUAUUGCAGUAUUAAAUUUUUGUUUACUUUUUUCAAAGUUUUAUAAAAACAACUGAAGAACUUGAAAAUAAUUCCACGUGUUUUUUUUUUUUACGUUGUAUCCUCUAUUCGUAAGAAAACAAUUGAGAGAAAGAAACUUCAAUAUCUAAUUUAAACGUGUUGUUUAGGGAAAUGGUUGAACGCUCUUCCGUCUUCCUGUCAGCAAAGAGUUUUUCUUCGGUGCCUUUUUAAUAUCUACUAAAAAGGGCGAAACUAAUGUGUAUAAGCGAACUAACUUUCAUAAUACUAAGAUAAAUUUUGUAGCAUUUUCUUUUGUAAAAGGUUUUCUUACUACGACAGCUGUUCGGUGAAAUUAUAAUAAAAAUGUAAACACGCA